CCAUCUUAAAUUGCCCCCAUAACUUAAAUGGUUGCAUUGGAACAACUGAACAAGGCAACGUUUGGAAUUUCUGGAGACCAGCUCCGUUUCCCAAGGGGAUUUUCCUCCCAAAUAAUGGGUUGUAUGAUUUUCCAUUGCCGAAAUCGUUCUUUUUUUUUUAUUUUCCAAAAGAUAAUCUUAUAUUGAUUGAGAUAAAUAGACAGUUACACCCUGGAAUUCAGCCAGGCCUGAUAAUCAAAACGAAUUGUAGUCUGGUACAAAGAAAGGGCUUUUUGAGCCACCAAAUGAGCUACCCUAUUGCGAUGCCGACCUACAAAUCGAACAGUAAAACCCAUGUUCAUGUCAAACAGCUGGACAACCUUCACCAGAAUCGAUCCCACUCGAUUAUCCCUAGCAUCCCGUCGAAGAAUAUUCUCAAUGAUCACUUGGGCAUCUCCCUCAAAACGCACCACAUUAAAGCCACUAGCCAAACACCAAAGGACAGCCUCUCGGAGAACAAGCGCCUCACUUGGGCAUCUAUCAGGACUCAUGAUAACCAUCCCCCUGCUGAGUGGGACCCAUUUCGCACAGCCCCGUCCCACAUCCAGACCGCCCCAUUCGAUCCAACUGGAUCCAGGGGAGGAGUGAUCAAACUCGGGAGCUGGACGAACUGGGUCGCCGGAAGAUCAAUCCAUUCCUGAACCUGUUGAUUAAGCUGACGCAUCAAGGCUGGGAUCCCAAACUGUUUGCCUUAGAAGACAACCCAAUUGCGAGAUCGCCAUAUCCGCCAUAAUACAGCCACCACCAACAUUAACGACGAUGGUUGGUGCAGCAACGCCAUCAACCUCUUCAGAAAGAGCGGGAAGGUAUGAUGAGGCAACCCUUCUCCCAGGUGGGAAAUCCCAGAGUGAUCCCAAAGGGCCCGAGCAACCGGUCAAUCCAGAAACAAAUGUUCCAGAGUCUCCGAAGCUUCCCAACAUACUGGACAGCAAGGGAAGACAUCAACCUUUUUCUCAAUCAGGGCCUCCAUAGUAGGCAGAACUCUAUGGAAGAUCUUCCAGAGAAACACCUUAAGCUUUGGCGGAAUAUUAGCGUCCCACAACCGGACCCAACUUGCUUUAACCAUCUAGCUUGCCAGAGCCCUCCAUCGACCUCUCUGCCGGUCCAGAUUGACCGCAGCAUAAUAAGCAGAUUUAACCGUAAAAAAACCAUCAGGAGUCGCAUGCCAGAUCAACCUAUCCUCAACAUUCUGCCUCGGCAGAGGAAUAGCCUGAAUAGCUCGGCAAGUCUGUGGAUCAAACCACUGUUCGAGUUUCCUUUCGCACCAGGACCCUCCUCCUGGUUGAAUAACCUCUGCCACAGUCAACACCUCGCCCUCCGGAAUCACACAAGGAUUAUAAACUGGAAGGAGAGGAUGCUGCUGAGGGAUCCAACUGGACGUGUGAAGAGGGGCUUUCUGCCCAUUACCAACCUGGCAACGUAAUCCCAUCUCUAACAACUGGCGUUCGAAGAGGAUACUCUGCCACCCCCAAGAAGGAUGUGAACGAGCCGUCGCCGUGAGAAAGGAUCCGUUGGGAUAAUAUUUUCCUUUGUAAACAUGGGCAAGAAGAGAUUGGGGAUCCUGAAGGAGGCGCCAUCCAAUUUUUGAUAACAGAGCCUCAUUGAAAUGCUCAAACCUGCGAAAGCCCAUACCCCUAGUGAAACUUUAUUUCUACAAUUUACACCAAAAAUACAAUACCACAAAUUUGGAUGUAAGUCAAAAAGUAAAAGAAACCGAUAGCGGACAAGCAAUAAAAUAUGCCUCUAAUGCCCCCAAAUCGUAUUGAACAAACAACACCCAAAAACAAAUUCCUUAACAACUCUAGCUUCUCAAAAACAAAUUCUUUCUCCACCAUAAACUGAAGGUUGGAAUUUAAUGAAGGAAAAGGGAACAAGAAGAAUAUUGGCCCUUAUCACAAGAUAGAGAAUGUAGACAUGAUUCAACUUGCACAAAAACAUGCGCAAUUACCAUUGAUCCUAAGUUACCCGAAAAAAGAAGCAUCAUUCUAACACGAUACAUGAUUCAUAUGUACCAAAUAAAGCAGAAAAAGGAGAUUGAAGCAGAUGUCGAUUGAUCAUUAUACAGAAACCCCAACAAUCUAAUAAAUAUGACAGGCUCUGAUACCACUUGUUAGAAUUACUAUAACAUAUAUAAUUCCCCGGAAUCCAUCAUCCUAUCAGAUUAUCAAAGGUUGAAAGAGUUGCCUGAUUUAAUGAUGUAGACCAUCCGGAUCUUGAUGCGGAAUCUGAAAGACGUAUUAUGACCGGACGAUACUUCUAAGAGCACGACCCGGGAGGUAGCGUGAUUUUCCUCAACCAAGCCUCCUUAAUCCACUAACGGGAAACCUCGCGUAUUCUUGAUGGGGAGAAUAUGUGUUUAUGUUGGUCUUGGUGUAUUAGGGACCACAACCUCAAGGUUCCUUAUAUACUCACCACCAUGGGCUCCCAUAAAACUCAUAGGUGUAAGUAUUGGGUUUCCACCCAUUUAGGUCCAUAUCACAUACAAGUAUCUUUGGGCUCCUGAUUUGGAUCACUUACAAUUAGUCCACUUAAUCAAAUAGUUCAUAUAAU